AUGGAGGAGCAACUCAUACAGGCUGUCCAGAUCGCCUCGAACCCACAGGCCAAUGCCCCUCCCGAGGUCACCUCGCAGGCUUUGCAGUUCCUAGAGCAUCUCAAGACCACCACACACCAGAGCUGGAGCCUAGGAUGGUCCGUAUGGUCUGCACGCAAUGCAGAGGACAAUGCUCCCAAGUACAGCCCCAAUGCUCGUAUGUUUGCUCUCAUGCUUGUCGACGACUUCCUAGGCAACCGCAUCAGCAUGUCCAGCGACCCAGCAGCUGCAGUAGCUUCCCUUCAGCAGUCGGCCAUCGAGUACAUUCAGAAGGAGUAUGUAGCAGGCUCUGGUGAUGCACAAGUAUCGUUCAUCAAGAACAAGUUUGCCCAGGUUCUUUCUGUCCUCUUGCUGCAGACCUACAAUCUGCCUCCACCAUACACCUUGCUGCCCACACUUCUGUCCAUGUUCCGCGCCCACCCUGCCGCCUCACCCUCCCAAGCUUCCACUUCUCAACUGCCGCUCAACCCUUACACCACCGACCUCAUCUUGCGUGUUUUGCACGACCUUUCCAUCACACUUGGUUCCGACGUCUCCUUGCGCGCUGUCCGAUCGAAAGAACGUCUUCAGCGAGAUGCCGUCAUCAGGGACGAGAUCCGAGCCAACCACGCAUCCAACAUCGCCGACUCGCUAUGGCGUGUCGUAGAGCAAGCUUUCACUCGUGUCAAUCUUGGCCAGCAGGCUGCCGACCCCACCACCUCUGCCGGCGUCCGCAGCAUGACCUUUGCCCACGCCCUCGACCUCACUGCUGCAGCGACAAAGAUCAUUCAAGACUAUGUCUCCUGGAUCGACAUCACUCUUGUCGUCACCAACGAGACCAUCGCAUUGCUCUUCAACCUUCUCCAUCAUCCCAUCCCAAAACUUGCUACAGCAGCCGCAGAUGCCUUGCACGGCAUCAUCAGUAAAGGUAUGAAGCCAGCCGACAAGCUCAGACUCGUCCAAGCACUCAACCUCGCACAAGUCAUCACCCCGCUCCAGUCACGCACACGCACCGGCCACUCGGCCGAGAAGGGUCAGAGCGACAGAAGCGACUCCAACAUCGACUUCCGCCAACAUCUCGCCCACCUCACCAAUGGCCUCAUACUGGAAAUCUGCAAGAUCCUCGAAGAGAGUGCAGCAGAAGAUUCGACAAAAGUGGCAGCUGAAGCUCUUCUCGACUCGGUCUAUCCGCUUCUUCUUUCUUUCCUGUCGGACGAGUACGAUGACACAUCGGAACAGAUGUUCUCUGGUGUCAACAUGAUCCUCGCUAUCUACAAAAAGGCUCGUCGACGAGGUGCAGAGUUGACAGCCGCUCGAGCCGAGUUCCUCUCCAACCUCAUCCGAGUUGCACUGCAAAAGAUGAAGUUUGAUGACGAGUCAGAAUGGCCUGCUAUUAGCUUUGGAGCUGCUGACGAUGAUGACGAGGAGGAGGAGGAGGAGGAGGAGAAUGCUGACUUUCUGGAAAUGCGAAAGAACCUACAGACCAUCGUCGGUGCGAUUGCCGCAAUUGACGACAAGCUCUUCUCCACUAGCGUCGCUCAACUCGUCUUGUCUACCUUUGCAUCUUUUGAGACCAACCCGACAGGACUCUCGUGGCAGCAGAUCGAGCUUGCAUUGUACGUCAUUCACUUUUAUGGUGAUGUUAUGACGACGGCAACAGCAGCACCCAAGGUUGGCUUGUCGCCUGCAAUGUUUGUUCAAAGCCCGCAAGCUGGCUGCAAGGGUCGUGCUCCCAAGCUCGGCAACGAGGCUCUGGCCAACCUUGCUCUCAGCAAUUUGGGUGAAAUGGUGCAAAAGCUGGUGCAGUCCAACGUCUCUUCCUUCCCUCAUCCCGCGGUGCAGCUGCAGUACUUUGAGUGCCUCGUUCGCUAUUCCAACUUUUUUGCAGCCAGGAGUGCAAGUGUGUCGGAUGCAUUGCCAACGUUCCUCGACUGGCGAGGUGUCCACCACGAGAAGCUCGGCGUUCGCAAGCGCGUCAACUAUUUGCUCUAUCGAUUCCUUCGAGAUCUGCGAGCCGUUGCUGCCGUGCCGUUGGACUUUGUGCAGAGGCUGUUGCAAGGUUUGCAGGAUCUGCUCGUCGUCCAAGCAGAGCUACCGGAAGUGGCACCUGAUGAGGAUCCAUUGAUCAAGGCGACGGCAUCUGCAGGAUACUUUGACAGCCAACUCUACCUCUUUGAAACGAGCGGUAUCCUGAUCUCGUUGCUCAACAAUGCUCCUAACGACCAGCUGGUCUUGCUGAAAGCUAUCUCGGAGCCACUCAGCGAGCAGAUGCAGCAAGCUGUGCAAAGCUUCCAGCGCAAUCGCUCGGACCUGGCCUCGGUGCUGCAGGUGCACCAUCUCAUGCUUGCCCUCAGCAGCUUGUCCAAAGGUUUCCCGGAUGUCAACCCCAACAGCUCGCAACCAGAACCGCAGUGGGUUGGCGUGUUCAAGAGCAUCACAGAGCAGGUGCUGGUGAGCACCAGUUUGAUGAAAGAGUUCUCUGUAGUACGAGAAGCUGCACGAGGUGCUUUUGCUCGCAUCGUCUCUACCUGUGGUAAAGCAGUUCUACCCUACAUUCCAGCUCUCAUCGAUGCAUUGUUGAGCCAAGUGACAUCGCAAGAGCUCGUCGAUUUCGUCAACUUCCUUUCGCUCGUCGUCAACAAGUACAAAGACGAUGUCAAAUCCACCGUCGACCAACUCUUGCUCAUUCUAGUCGAACGAAUCUUCUACUUUCUCAACCAGAACAUCACAGGAACCGACGAUGCAGUGCAAAAAUCAGAACUGCAAAAAGCAUACAUGAACCUCCUCUCCUCCAUCAUCCAUUCCGGUAUGCAAAGCGUUUUCAUCUCGGACAAAAACGCCGCUCAACUCGAAACUUUGCUGGAAAGCGUUGUCUUCUACUCGACCAACUCGGACGCAGCUUGCCAGCGAACCGCCUUCUCCAUCCUACAUCGUCUCGUAGGCGCCUGGGGUGGAUCUGCUGGCAAUGCUGCCAACACUGCGCUGCCAGGAUUCGACAGAUUCAUCUACCAAACCUUGAUCGCAUUGGUCUUUGAAGCGCCAACGAAGGAAGCCUUUGAUCUUGCAGAUGCUCAAGCGCAAAUCGUACUGGGUGAGAUUGCAACGCUGGCGAGAAGGAUCUACUUGGAGAGAGGCGAUGAGAUGAUCAACUAUCUCUUGCACGUUUACUUUCCAGCGAUCCAGUGUCCCGUGGAAUUGGCGCAGGACUUUGCACAGAAUUUGAAGGCGUUGGAUGCUAAACCGUUUAAAAAGUAUUUCGAGGCUUUUGUUGCCAAAUCUAGGGGAGGCUAA